AUGUUGCAACGUCGAUUGAAGCGGCUACAGAGGAUUCAUGAGCAGCGUAAAACAGAGGUUGACCUGAUUACCUCGACUGUGGUGACGCACUUUGCCUGUGAUGAGGAGGAAGAACCGCACCGAGGUUCAGUAAUUGGUAGAAGGGUGAUCCCUAGGGACCGGUACAGUGGGUAUGUUCGAUUAAUGAACGACUACUUUGUAGAUAACCCAGUUUAUCCGGAGUACUUCUUCCAGCGCAGGUUUCAUAUGACUAUUCGUAUGUUCAAAGAUAUAUGUCGAGGUGUCGAGGCUGCAAAUGACUACUUCAAGCUACGCCACGACGCAACCGGGCAGCCAGGCUUGCACCCAAUCCAGAAGAUAACUGCUGCGGUGAGGAUGCUAGCAUAUGGAGGUGCAGCAGACUCGCUUGAUGAGUACAUACGCAUGGGUGAGAGCACCAUACUUGAGACCAUUAACUGGUUCACUCGUACUAUUCUUGAACUCUAUGGACCGGAGUACCUUACGGAACCUAACUGUCAUGAUAUUGCUCGAUUGCUAAGUGUUGGUCGGCAAAGGGGUUUCCCAGGCUCGUGCAAUGACAUCAAUGUUCUUAAUAGAUCUCAUGUAUUUGACUCAAUUUCAAGUGGAUGUGGACCUCCGGUACACUACACAGUUAAUGGCCAUGAUUAUGAUUUGGGAUACUACCUCGCUGAUGGAAUAUAUCCUCCAUGGGUCACUCUUAUAAGUGGUAUCCCGAUUCCUGUGAACAACAAGCAGCAGCACUUCACAACUAUGCAAGCAAGUUAUAGGAAAGAGGUUGAAAGGGGGUUCGGAACUCUCACAGGGCAUAUUUUGAGCUUGAUUUAUUUAGAGAUUGCAAAAAUGCAGGGCAUAUUUAGUACUGAGGACACAGGACAAGGACCAAUUCUAACAACGAACUGGAAGGUGCUGAGAAAUGCUGAAACAGCAUAUAGUUUUGGCUAG